AUGGAGGCUGAGGCAGCCGCCCUCGACGACGAGUGGGAGGCGGAGAGGCGUGGGCAGCUCCUCAUCAAGGCGGCGUGGCCCGCCUCCCUAUCGUCGAGCAGCAAAAGCCCCACCUCCACCUCGGCUGCGGCCUCAGAGCUGAGGGCCCAUUUGGAGGCGGUGCUUGAUGCGGACCGCUCCGGGGACGAGCUGCUGCUGUCCAUCACCGCGCAGCAUUGCACCCGGUGCGCGGUCAACGUGGUCAACGGCGCUGAGGACGGCGCCAUCGCCUUCGGCCAGGGUAUCCACGGCCUGCUGGAGCUGGCGGCGUCCACGCUCUGCUCCCUGGCGCAGCGCCCCGCCGCGCACGAGCCGCUGCUGACCUCCGGCGCCCUCCCCGCCCUGGUCUCGCUCCUCGCGCCCUCCCACACCCGGCCCGCCGUUGCCCACGCCGCCGCCGCGCUCGGCGCGCUCGCCGCCGACGCCGCCUGCCGGCGCGCGCUGCGUGCCACGGGCGGCGUCGGGGCGCUGGUGCGGCUGCUGCGGCCGGACGCGCCGGGCACGAUGCAGGCCGCGGCGGCGGGCGCGCUGUGCCUGCUGGCCGCGAAGGACCCUGUGGUGCAGGACUCAGUGCGCUACCUGGGCGGCAUAGAGCUGCUCGUCGACAUGCUGGCCGCCCCCAAGACCUGCGUCGCCAAGACGGCGCGCUACUGCCUUGCGGCGCUGAAGCACGGCAACGCGCGCAACGAAGAGGAGGUGAUGGCGGCGGUCGCGGCUUCCCCUGGCCUGGCCAAGGACUUUGGGCGGCUGCGGGACGCGCUCGAUGUUCUGCAGCGUGGCAGCCCAGGCAGCGGCGACCGGGAGGGGAGGCGCGGCGGCGCGGCGCGGGGCGGGGAGGCGGCGCGCGGGGCGCGGGCGCGGCUGAGGCGGGCGGUGGCAGAGCUGGAGGAGGAGGAGGCUGCGGCUGCUGAGGAGGAGGAGCUUGCGAGGUAG